CAGGCUCUGUACAGCAUGGCCAUGGGGCUCGCCCAGUGGCUGGGCCCUCUGCUCCUGGUCUCCCUCUGGGGGCUCUCAGCUCCAGCCUUGCUCCUGAGACGCCUGGGGGAGCACAUGCAGCGGCUCCAGGAGAACUCUGGUCUGCACCUGCGCCUGGGCUCAGGCACUGCCACCCUCCCAAGAGCAGGGUGGCUGGAGCAGCCGCUGGACCCCUUCAAUGCCUCUGACGGAAGGUCCUUCCUGCAGAGGUACUGGGUGAAUGACCAGCAUAGGGCUGGCCAGGAGGGACCUGUAUUCCUGCAUCUUGGGGGAGAGGGCAGCCUCGGACCUGGCUCAGUGAUGGCAGGACACCCGGCAGCCCUGGCCCCUGCCUUCGGGGCCCUGGUGAUCAGCCUGGAGCACAGAUUUUAUGGCCUGAGUGUACCCCCCGGAGGCCUGGGCAUGGCCCAGCUUCGCUACUUGUCCAGCCGCCACUCGCUGGCCGACGUGGUCUCUGCCCGCCUGGCUCUUUCCCGCCUCUUCAACGUCUCCUCCACCAGCCCCUGGAUUUGCUUCGGAGGUUCCUACGCCGGCUCCUUGGCUGCCUGGACCCGACUGAAGUUCCCGCAUCUCAUUUUCGCCUCGGUCGCCUCCUCUGCCCCGGUGCGGGCGACGCUGGACUUCUCCGAGUACAACGACGUGGUGUCCAGAAGCCUCGCGAACGCGGCGAUUGGUGGGUCGCUGCAGAUUGUCAUGCACAGCCUGGGCCAGAGGUGUGUGAGCCUCUCUCGAGCAGAGACAGUGACCCAGCUGAGAGCCUCUGAGCCCCAAGGGUCUGGCCUGGGUGACCGGCAGUGGUUGUACCAGACUUGCACGGAGUUCGGCUUCUACGUCACCUGCAAGGGUCCUGGAUGUCCUUUCUCCCAGCUCCCAGCCCUGCCCUCCCAGUUGGAGCUAUGUGAGCAAGUGUUUGGACUCUCCGCUUCCUCUGUAGCCCAGGCCGUGGCCCAGACAAACGCCUACUACGGUGGCCAGAGCCCCGGUGCCACCCAAGUGCUGUUCGUGAAUGGGGACACAGACCCGUGGCAUGUGCUAAGUGUAACACAGACCUUGGGACCCUCAGAGCCAGCCCUUCUCAUCCCUAGUGCCUCCCACUGCUUGGACAUGGCACCCGAGAGACCCUCAGACUCUCCCAGCCUCCGCUUAGGACGCCAGAGCAUAUCCCAGCAACUGCAGACCUGGCUCAGGCAAGCAAAGCAGAGCCAGCUUCAGAGAGGGGUCUGAGCCUUGCACCCCACAGCUCCCACCUGGCCACUUCCUCCUGGACAUACUCAUUCACUGGACAGAAGAAGGCCUCUUGUUUAGAAGAUCCCCAGGGACUGGGAUUCUGUACCUGUUCUGCAUAUAAUUGUCUGUAAACACCCUCACUCCCAGACCACAGUGUUUGGUACAGGAAAGAACAUGCAAAUAUAGUGGAUGAUCUUUCUCAUUGUGCAUGUUGGUGUUUUGCAUGUUAAAUGUCAAGAGAGAUGCAGCUCUUUCUGCUCUGCGGUUUGGGAGGAGUGUUCUGCCGUAAUAUUGAACAGCAAUUCAAGUCUUUUAUUGCUGGAGGAAGAGAACUUGCUGAAGACCCAAACUCCUGCACUCCCAACACCCCUUCCCAUUUCCAACUUUUUCUCUACACUGUUUUUCAUCAUUUACUUUAUUAUGUAAUUUGCAUGAUUAUUUCAUUUUCUGUGCAAUGGUAGGCUUCAUAAAGAGAGAAUUUUGUUCACUUAUAAUUCUAUAUCCUCAGUUUCUAAAAUAGUAGCUAGCACAAAGCAGACACUCAAAAAUAAUGCACAAGUUAUAUUUUCAUUGUGAGGAUUGCAGGUGAGAGCAGGUUCCCAAAAGGUGAUUGAGCAUCUCACAGAAGCAAAGUCAAUAACGCUCAUACAUAAACCCAGGGGUCUCAAUUUACACACAAAGUAUUUGUUUUAGUACUAGGAUUGUGGUGGGGAGUGUAUGCCUGU